AGUCUACCAGUUUGACAGCUCAAUAUUCAUCUUUUCAGUUUUUUCACGUCCUGUCUUCUUUCCGGAGAGAAUCUGCGAAAAAAUCGACACAUAGCAUCUGUUUCGGGAGUUGCGAAAAAUCAGAGCGCAGAACAAGCAUCGGUGACCAGCGAACGGAGAUUCUUCCGCAGCAGAAUGGUAGUCUAGCGGAUCCAAAGGCCGGCAUCUCUGAAGGAAAAACACGGCGAAAAUUUGUUCCUUUCGGGGUUCGUGCGUGUGCGUGUGUUCUGGUAAAGUGAAAAAUUGCCUUCGCCUGUUUCGACCGGGAGGUGCUUCGGUCCCGAUUCCUCGUACUCGUGGGUUGAGCCCAUUUUACAGUGCGAUUAUUCUUAGUCACUUUGUCCGGAUUAUAACAUCCUAGGUAUGGAAGCGUUAGUGGAAAAUUCGACGAACCCACCAUCCCGUUUUUAUUGUCACUCUUGCUCAGUGGAAAUUGAUCGAGUUUCAUCGGAUUUCACCUGCCCUUACUGUCUGGAAGGGUUUAUCGAGGAACUGCCGGCUGCUGAUCGAAGUAACAAUCCUGCGACGCCACCGGUUCCAUCAGAAACGGAUGCAAAUCCGAAUGAUUUAAUCAACCCACAGGCGAUAAGACUAGCUAGUGAAAUUUUUAGUAACAGCAUUUUGUCGCCGCUAUUGCUAUCGACCGGGAACGGACCUCGUGGGUCAGAUUCCGAUGGAACAGGUUCGCUGGGUGAUGAUACUGGGGAGCCGGGAGCUGCGGGGGCUACUGGUGGCGGAGGAGGUCCAUAUGCGAUGCGAGUACUUGGAAGACAUCGCAAUCGACGCCGUGGAAUGCAGAACAUCAACAAUCUGGACAACAUUUUGCGAGAGAUUCUGAUCUCCGUUGCGGAUGGAGCUAAUGGUGGUGCUGGUGGGACACCAAUGUUCUUUAUGGGUAAUCCGGGUGACUAUGCUUGGGGUCGGGAAGGACUGGAUACCAUCGUAACGCAGUUGCUCAACCAAAUGGACAACACGGGACCGCCACCGUUGGAGAAGGAAAAGAUUGCCGAAAUUCCGAAGGUUACGAUUAGUGCUGAACAGGUCGAGAUGAAACUGCAGUGCUCAGUCUGUUGGGAAGAUUUUCAGAUUGAUGAGGUUGUACGAAGAUUGACAUGUGCUCACGUAUAUCAUGAAUCCUGUAUAAUUCCCUGGCUGGAAUUGCACGGAACGUGUCCCAUCUGCCGGAAGAGUUUAGCGCCGGAGCAGCAACCAGACGAGCAGCGAGGCCUAGCAGCGGCUGCCAAUGCAGUUGCCCAUACGUUACGUUCUCUAACCUCGGAUGCGUUCCCCGGUGCAGCUGGUCAAUUGUCAUCGGCUGCUGACGGAGAUGGACCGUCAACAUCUAGUCUACUGGUCGAUCUAGGUCAACCGCUGUUUUCAUUCGGAACCGGUGGAAGUUCGGCCAACCGAGGAAUCGGAGGAAAUCCAAUACAGUCAAGACCGUCGGGAUCCCGAUCGUCGACUUUGUCAAGCGCGCAACAGCAGCAAAACAGUUCCACCCAUGAGACUGGACCCACAGCCUCCUCAAAUGGAAGCACAGGCGAGGCCAGCAGUAGCAGCAACAACAGGUAUCGCGAUGAUGACGGUAAUAUUGACUACGAGUUUGAUUAAUGAGGGGUUUGUCCCUCGUAGCCUCCCCUGGAGAAUUAUAUAGAUACGAGGAACGCUUUCUACCAAAACUUUGCCCUUAAUUUCCGUUUCAUUUUUUUCUUCGAUCGGAUUAGCAUUUAAACAGAUCGGAACAAUGAAUUGAGCUUGUGUAUAGAUUUAUUAUUCUUUUUGUAUAUUAUGGCGCUUCUAGUGUAUGGUCAUCAUUACGCUUGUAUAAAUAGGGUAAAGCGCUAUUACGGGGGUGAUUUUGUGCGCACUACUGAUUUGUGACAUUGUAGUAGCCACACUCAAACAUUCAAAUAUGAAAUUAAAUUUAUUUCGAUGUACAUCCACCUGCCUACAAUUGAUUUACGCACCAUUCUAGAUGAGCGCGAGUAAUUUUCAGUAUGAUUUCUGCCAUUACAAAAGAAUUCUUAUAUUCGAAAAAAAAUACUGCGCUACACGCAGGAUACAGCAUUGAAGAAAGUCGUUUAAAUUAUUCACUAAUCGAACAUCUACAAGUUGAAAAGAUGCAAAGUGAUCCUGCAUGCAAACAAAGUUGAUAGAAAGGUAAUGACCCAAAAAUAAAAAAUUAAACGCUACAGAAACCAUUUUCA